AAUAUAAAAUUUUUCAACUGCGUCGUGGCAAAAGCUGCAAGAAGAAGAAACUUGUACUGGGAACUGGCAACACUGGUAAUUUUCCAGCCUUGCUUCGUCGAUUUAACAACGUGGGACUCUCGUUUAUAUAGUAGAGUUCCAGGUACUUUGGAAAAUGCCGCCUAAACAAGAUCAGAAAAAGAAAGACCCUAAAGCUGGGGCGAAAAAGAAGGAAGGAGGAUCUUCUGGAGGCAAGGCUAAGAAGAAGAAGUGGUCAAAAGGAAAAGUUCGUGACAAAUUGAACAACUUGGUUCUUUUUGACAAGCCAACAUAUGAGAAAAUGUUAAAGGAAAUUCCAAGCUAUAAAUUAAUUACACCAUCUGUAGUUUCUGACCGAUUGAAGGUUAGGGGGUCUUUAGCAAGAAAGGCUCUAGAAGAACUUCAGUCAAAAGGCCUGAUCAAACAGGUAGUGAAACAUCACAGCCAGGUGAUAUACACCAGAGUAACAAAAGAAGAUACAUCAUAAUAUGGUUCAAUAAAAUUUUGUAUUAUA